AUGGGCUGGUGGUGGAAAUCCGACCCGCAAACCCCCGUCCUCCAUCCCUCAGACCCAACGCCUGAUCCUCUCCCAACCGCCUCACAGCCCCCAGCCAGCCCGCGCGAGAUCGCGGACGGACCAUCUCAUCCACACUCACACGACAGCGACCCUAUGCCCAAGCAGGCCCGCACGCGCGACGAACAAGCCGACGCAGAACUGUCCUCGUUCCUCGCCGAACUCGCCUCGCCCGGUAGCAGGCAGCAUGGCGUGCAAAGCAGCGGCGGCGCAGACGCAGCGGGUCCUUCCCACACCAACGCAUCUACAGCCCUAUCUACAUCGACAAGCUCUCAGCCGCCUCCCAAAGCGGAGUCUUCAAACGACGACCUGACCUCCUACCCGACCACAAUGUCCUGCCGCGCGGCCUUCGACAGCGCCUUCUACUGCCAGUCGCUAGGCGGCCAGUUCAACGCCAUCUAUCGCCAUGGCCAGCUCAGGUCGUGCGCGCCGCUGUGGUCGGACUUCUGGUUCUGCAUGCGCCUGAAGUCGUACAGCGAGGAGGAGAAGGCAGAGAUGGUCAGCGGGAGGUAUAGGGAGAAGGAGGAGAAGGUUCGGCAGGGGAGGAAUAGCGAGGAGGUUUGGGUCAGGAGGACGGUGGGGGAGAAGGUUGGGAGGGCGUUUCAUUUGGAUCCGGAUGAGGUGGCGGAGGGGGGUUAG